UGCCCGUCCGCGCACCGUCCUCUCCCCCCCCCUCGUUUGUUGUGUUUGUCUUUCCUCCACUCAUCCAAGGACCCCUCUCGCCACAAUGACCGGUGUUCUCGCCAAGGACAUCAAGAUCCACUCUGUCGGUGCUCUGCACACCAGCGACUACAAGGCCUACUUCGCCACCGAGAAGGGCAUCAUCUCUCCCUUCCAUGACAUUGCCCUCCUGCCCGAGGGUGUCACCUCCAUCGACCAGGGUAUCUACCAGAUGGUCAACGAGAUCCCCCGCUGGACCAACGCCAAGCUCGAGAUCACCAAGGACUUCGACCUGAACCCCAUCGUCCAGGACAGCAAGAAGGGCAAGCUCCGCUACGUCCCCAACUGCUUCCCCCACAAGGGCUACAUCUGGAACUAUGGCGCCCUUCCCCAGACCUGGGAGAACCCCACCAUCGUCGACGAGUCCACCGAGUGCCUUGGUGACAACGACCCCGUCGAUGUGUGCGAGAUCGGCUCCGUCAUCCACCCCACCGGUGCCGUCCGCACUGUCAAGCUUCUCGGCUGCCUGGCCCUCAUCGAUGAGGGCGAGACCGACUGGAAGCUGAUCGUCAUUGACACCGCCGACCCGCUGGCCGACAAGAUGAACGACAUCGAGGAUGUGGAGACCCACAUGCCCGGCCUCCUGAAGGCCACCGAGGAGUGGUUCCGCAUCUACAAGAUGCCCGACGGCAAGCCCGAGAACUCCUUCGCCUUCAACGGCGAGACCAAGAACCGCGCUUUCGCCAUCGAGGUCGUCAAGGCCACUCACCAGCACUGGCUUGAGCUGAUCAACGGCAAGGUCCCCCACAAGACCGAGAAGUACUCCGUCACUGUUGCCACCACCACUGUCGCCGACAGCCCCUACUACGUUGCCUUCGACUCCGAGACCGUCAAGUCCAUCCCGGCCGCCGACAACCUGGCCCCCGCCGUCGACCAGAUCCCCGCCUCCGUGGACGUCUGGCACUACGUCAGCACUCUGUAAAUGGUGUGGUGUGGUGUGCGUGUGCGUGUGCGUGUG